AUGUCUAAAAAGAUUGGAUUAAUUAUAGGUUCUGUAAGAACAUAUCGAGUAGGUGAUAAGAUUGCAAAGUGGUUCUUAGAGAACUCUGGUAUCACCUCUAAAUUUAAAGUCGAUGUUAUUGACUUGAGAGAGGAGAAUUUACCAUUCUAUGAUGAAAUGUUGGCACCAAUGGCAAUGAAACAACAAUUUACCAAAGAACAUGGUAAAAGAUGGCAAGCAAAGAUUAAUUCUUAUGAUGGUUUCGUAUUUGUUGCAUCAGAAUACAAUUUUGGAUAUGCACCAGCACUAAAGAAUGCAAUUGAUUACCUUUUUGAAGAAUGGAAAGGAAAACCCGCUGUCAUUGUUAGUUAUGGAUAUGCUGUUGCUGGAACAUCAAGUGCAGCUCAGUUGAGACAUGUUCUUGAAAAGAGUAUGUUGGGAAUGAAGGUUAUGCCAACAAUGCCAUCAGUCAAACUUGAAGGAUCCAUGUUUAAUGAACAAGGUCAAUUUAAAGAUAUCAACAAAUCCUUUGAACCAUUCAAAGCCAAUGCUGAAAAGGCUGUCGAAGAACUAUCUGGUGCAUUUUGA